CGCGGCCCGGCGUGAGGGCAGCACCGCCCACGUGACGCGGGCGCGGGGCCGGAGCGGGCCCGGAGCGGCGGCUGCUCCCGCCGGCGCAAGCCCCCGCAGCACGGCCCUUUGUCGCUUCCCGGGAAAACUCCCAAAGCAAAGCGCUUGUUGUGCUGCCGGCACCGCAGUUACCGUGGUGAAAUCAGCAGUGCAGCCCCACAGAGCUCUCCGAACGCGAUGGGAACGAUGCCGUGAGGCCUGGUGAGGCUCGGCCAUAGCCAUGACAGAGCCGCACAGGGUCUCGUUCACCACGCUGCACGGGCCCCUGAGCAGCAGCUUCCUGAAGAGGUCUCGGAAGGACGAGGCAGAGCAGCCCCCGGAGGCGGAGCCCGCGGCCACGGCCGUGCGCAUCACCCUGACCCUCUUCGAGCCCGACCACAAACGCUGCCCCGAGUUCUUCUACCCUGAUCUCCUCAAGAGCUUUCGGGGGAAAGUAAAAGGGAGUUCUUCAGGUGACAAGAAGAAAGACCCAGCUGAUCCCUUCAAUGAUGAGGAAAGGGAAAGGCAUAAAGUGGAGGCUCUUGCUAGGAAGUUUGAAGAAAAAUAUGGUGGCAAGAGGCGCAGGAAGGACCGGAUUCAGGAUUUGAUUGAUAUGGGGUAUGGCUAUGAUGAGUCCGACUCCUUCAUCGACAACUCGGAAGCUUACGAUGAGCUGGUUCCUGCCUCUCUCACUACCAAGUAUGGAGGGUUUUACAUCAACUCAGGAACGCUGCAGUUCCGGCAGGCCUCUGAGUCUGAGGAUGACUAUGUCAAAGAGAAGAAGAAGAAGUGUCCCAAGAAGCGGAAGUUGAAAGAUGGGGGUGAAAAAAUAAAGAAGAAGAAGAAGGAUGAUUCUUAUGACAAGGAGAAGAAAUCAAAGAAGUCCAAGUUUCCAAAAGCUGGCUUCACAGCAUUAAAUGCAAGUAAGGAGAAGAAGAAGAAGAAAUACUCUGGAGCUCUCAGUGUCAAGGAGAUGCUGAAGAAGUUCCAGAAGGAGAAGGAUGCUCAGAAGAAAAAAGAUGAAGAGCAGAAAGUGGUGACUCCUUCGCCAGCAGACCCCGCAGCCCCACGGGAGGCAGAGGCCAUGGCUGACCCCCUGCUGUCCCUCUUUGGCCACGCCAGUGACAGUGACCUGCUGCAGGCAGCCUCAGCCAUGGACUCCUUGAGCGAGCUGGACCUGGAGCGGCUCCUCAGCGAGUCCCCCGAGGGCAGCCCCUUCCCCGAGGUGGAGGAUGGCAGCGACCCUGCCUUGGAGCAGGAGUUCAAGCAGCCACCAUCCCUCCCAGAAGGGCUGCCAGCCCCCCUGGAGAAGAGGAUCAAGGAACUGGCUCAGGCUGCCAGAGCUACUGAGGGAGAAGGAAGGCAGAGAUUCUUCACUCAGGACAUCAACAACAUCAUACUGGACAUCGAGCUGCAGACGCGGGAGCUCAGCAGCCAGGUGCGCUCGGGGGUCUACGCCCACCUGGCUGCCUUCUUCCCCUGCAGCAAGGACACCCUGCUGAAGAGAGCCCGCAGGCUCUACCUCUACGAGCAGGGGGGGCGCCUGAAGGAGCCUCUGCAGAAGCUGAAGGAAGCCAUUGGAAGGGCCAUGCCAGAGCAGGUGGCCAAGUACCAGGAGGAAUGCCAGGCCCAUACUCAGGCCAAGUUUGCCAAGAUGCUGGAAGAGGAAAAAGACAAAGAACAGCGAGUUUGUUCUGAUGAUGAUGAGGAUGAAGAAAAGGGAGGGAAGCGCGUCGCAGGCCCGCGGAAGAAAUUCCAGUGGAAUGAUGAAAUCAGGGAGCUGCUUUGCCACUUGGUGAAGAUUAAAUUGGAUGGUUAUGACCUUGACAAGAAUAAGGCUCAGUCUCUAGAGGAUUAUGUGAAGACCUUCCUAGAAGGAGAGGUGAAGCCCCUUUGGCCAAAAGGCUGGAUGCAGGCCAGGACACUGUUUAAGGAGAGCAGGCGUGUACACGGACACCUCACAUCAGUUCUGGCGAAGAAGAAGGUUAUAGCUCCUACCAAGGUGAAAGUGAAGGACUCUUCCUGCAAGCCAGACAAGAAGCUGUCGGUGUCUGUCCCUUCCCUGCACUCGAGCAGCACCUUGGCCUUGUCCUCAGAGUCCCAGGGAGGAGCCCUGGGCAUCAGUGCCCAAACCAGGGAGCUCCUGUCCCUUGGGACAGCCCAAGCUGCCAGCAGCACUGCCACUCCUGCCACCUUCAAGGAUGACUCCUUGGAUGAGGACUUGAUCCACAACCCCACCUCCUCCCUGGAAGCAGUGUCCAAGGAACUGGCUGUGCUGAACAGCAGGGCAGCAGCAAGCCCUGACUUUACUCUUCCUGCAGCUCCAAAAGCUCCACCAGAGAAGAUCCCAGCUCUUGCAUCCUCAGAGGAGAAGAGGACAUUUCCAAAGCCCAACCCUUCCCCUACAUCAUCCUCUGGUUCCCUCCAGUCUCCUCUAAACUUCCUAGCUGAGCAGGCCCUGGCGUUGGGCCAGUCUUCUCAAGACAAGAAGACAGAGAACUCUAAUUACAAAGAGCAUUCCUGCCAAGCCUCCCCCAGCAAAAUCCUCCCUGAUGCCCACCAGCCUAAACAGAAGCACCACAGCCUGGUGAGGCCAGGCCACGGGCCCCCAGCCUCGGCGCCGGUGCCGGCCUCUCAGGUGAAGGUGUUCCACCCUGGUGCUCAGCUCCAGAAAACCUUCACCUCCCCAGCUCCCUUUGUCAAACUGCAGAAUCCCAAAUCCUCCACCCCUCUGCCCCAGCGCUCCCUCCUCCAGCAGGUCAAGUCAUCAACCAAAGCUCAGAGCUUCCAUUCCUCCACGUCCCCAAGCAGCACCCAAAACUCCAGCAGCUCCCACAAGAGCCAAGGCUUGUCCUCAUCCUCUCUCAGCUACGCCGGGAAGCACUCGAGUGGCUCCGGCUCUUCAGGACAAUCCUACAAAUCACCUUUUGUUGCUGGCUCCCUCUCCAAGCACGGGGCUUCUUCCAGCAGCUCCUCUGGAGCUCCUGCCAGCCAGGGCAGCUCCUCUGGGACUUUGCUCCCCAACGUCGCAGCCCCGUCCCCGGGCUCGGCCUCCAGCCGCCCGGCCUCGGGCUCCUCCGUGAAGAAACCUCCCGUUGCCCAGAAGCUGACCCUGGUGGCACCUCCUGGAGGCUCCAACGGAGACUCCAGCGGGGGCACCCAGGGGGUGGCCAAGUUGCUGACCUCGUCCCUAAAGCCAGCUGUGGUCAGCAGCACCGCAGCCUCUACCUCUGUGCCGAAAGGAACUAGUGGAGCUGUGCUGCUAACAAGCUCUUCCUCCUUAAGUGUACUGGCUCCAUCCUACAAGUCCAACAACCCAAAGCUGCCAGCUGCCCUGAGCUCCACCCCGUUAGGUAUUAUCUCUCCUAUUCAUUCUUUCCCUCUCCAUGUCAUCUCCUUCAGUUCCGACUCCUCCCCAAAAGCAGGAGUUUCCAAGGAUGCAAUAGUUACGGGACCUGCUCCAGGAACUUUCCACCAUGGCCUCGGGCACAGUCUUCUGGCUGGUUUGCACUCCAGCCCCCACCACGCAGCGCCACUCCCACACUCUGCCCUGUCCACUCAUUUACCACAGAGUUUGCCAGGUAACUUGUUAGAUGCUCGUGUUUGUCUUCUGCCUCGUGAGUCUCCCUCUAUCUCAGCAGAUCCUUCCUUCAGGGCUGGAGCCAGAGGGGUUGUCCAUGUUUUCCAGCUGUGUGGUUGUCACUAAAGCCUCUCCAAAGUACAGAGUGAGGGGCUGGGAGCUACCAGGCCUGGUGGAAGGUGUCCCUGCCCAUGGCAGGGGGUGGAACAGGAUGGGCUUUAAGGUCCCUUCCAACCCAAACCAUUCCAUGGUUAGGAAGAAAUUCUCGGCUGUGAUGGUGGUGAGGCCAUGUCACAGGGUGUUCAGAGAAGCUGUGGCUGUCCCUGGAUCCCUGGAAGUGUCCAAGAUCAGGUUGGACAGGACUUGGAGCAACCUGGGCUAGUGGAAGGUGUCCCUGCCUGUGGCAGGGGGUGGGAUGAGAUGGGCUUUAAGGUCCCUUCCAAUCAAACCAUUCUGGGGUUCUGUGGUUUCUGGAAUGAUGAGUCCUCAGUGCUUACAGCAAGUGUUGGUUCCUGGAGAUACUCAGAAUUAUCCUGCCAGGAUGAAAGCUGUGCCUGUUUGUGCACAGCCUGCCAGGACUGCCCUGGAAUGAAUAUUCCAGUUCUGGGGAGUUUUGUUCCUGGUGGCCUACAUAAAAUGUGUCAGACCAGACUGUCUUGUGUCUGUGCACUGAGUUAAUUGCCAGCAUCUCCUUCACAAGUUUGUAGUGCAAAUGCAGAUUGCUCCACUUGCUGCUCACAACGUGAGCAUUUGGCAGUUAAGCCUGUUCCUGCCCCAGUUUGAUGCCUGCAGAAGUGAUGCAUAAGACAAGAGUUUUCCAAAGAAGGAGAGAAGUAAGGAAAAUUGAAAUUCAGCACCAGCAGAUCAUUCUUACCUGCUCCAGGGAGCUGUGUAUUCCCCUGAUAACUCCUGCUUUCUUAGGUGUGUUCUUUAGCACUUUGGUGCAGUUGAGUGCCAUUAUCUUAGUACCUGCUCCUGUUGGGAUGGUCUUCCUGGGCUAAGUGAGCCUGAUUUAGGAGUGCUGGCCUGGUCCUGUGGCUGUGUGCAUGGGUAACCAUGUGGCCUGGAGGAGUCAUGGAAUAAAAGGCCCUUGGCUGCUGAGCACAGUGCUUGUUUGCUGGAGAAGGAAGAGUGCACUGUGCACUCAUGAAAAUGCAAAUAAUUGGUUUGGUUUGUUUCCUUUGCUGAAGUUUGAUGUGGGUGGUGCCACGCUGGUGUGGUAGAGCUGAAGAAGGUCCUGGCAGUGAUCACUGGUGGGACAGACCCUUCCUGUGUGUAAACCACACUUCCUGGAAUGACAUCAGAGAUUGCACCUGCUGUGGAAUGUAUUCCAUGUCACUGAGGACCAGCUCUUUGUCCCUUUAGUUGAGGGAAUUCUGAGUGAUCACUUUGUUCAUAGGGCUUAUAACAGAAGAACUUUUUGAUGAACUCUUCAGCAGGAUGCAGGGCCAGAAGACAAAAGACCACUGGGAAUAAGUGAAGGAAAAUUGACCAUGGAUCCAGCUUCAGCAAGGACCUGCUUUCUCACUUGUUGUUUUCACUUAAAGAUUGAGGAUGGAGCCUGGUGCUGCCAUCUCUUGGAACAUUCCCAAUUCUGGUGUUUUGGAGGAGAGCACAGUAGAUAUUUAAGUGACUCCCAUAACCUUAAAAUGAAUUCCUGUGUUUUGUGGCACAAGCUGUGUUUGGCUGUGCCAACACCUGCACACAGCUGCAUUGCUGUGUGAGCACUGCCGGGUGUGUGGGAAGUUGCUGCAAAUGCAAGGGAAUGUUGAUGCCUUUUAUUUAAAAGUGCUUUUAUAUCCAUGUUCAUCCAAGAGCCUGUGAGCAAAGAGCAUCCAGUUCUUGCCUGUGUGUGGUUGGUGCUUGUGUUGCUGGUGGAGGUUCCUUGUGCUGGGGCUGGGAAUGUGGAAAUGGGAUGUGCUGAGCUGAGCUCUUGCAUGCAAAGGAGCUGUUCUUGGCCUGGAGGAGAAGCUGCUGCUGCAUUGCUGGGUGCCACUGCUGCUUAGCUGCACGUCUCAGUACUCCCAUGUGUUCAUCACAGUCUGAAGUGGUUUUGAUUUCUCCUGGAAAACUUUCGCUUCUUUAAAUUUCCUUCCUUUUCUCUCUUCAGUGCAUUUUUUCUUGUCCUCCACAUCCAUUCCGUUCUAUUCCAUCAGUGGUGAGAUUCCUAUGGAUCCUGUUGCUAUCAGUGGGUGCCUAAAGCCUUCCUUUAAAAAGCACCUAAUUAAAUAACUUUAAAAAAUAAACAAUAAAGCACCUAAAGCCCUACCUGAAAGGAGUUUCUAGGUGAGGGGUUUGCUUCUUCUCCCACAAAACCAGUGACAGGACAAGAGGAGACAGGGGGAAGUUCAGGUUGGGUAUCAGGAGGAGUUUCUUUAUGAAAAUGGUGGUCAGGCAUUGACAGGGGCUGUCCGGGGAGGUUUGUAGUCUCCAUCCCUGAAAGUGUCCAAGGAAGGCCUGGAUGUGGCACACAGUGCUCUGGGCUGGGGACAAGCUGGGGAUGGGUCACAGGUUGGACUCCCUGGUCUUGGAGGACUUUUCCAACCUCAGUGAUUCUGUGAUUACAACAGCAAAAAUGUACAGUGGGUUACUUCCAACCACCUGGAGGUGCAAGGCAACUAGAGCGUGUAUUUUGGGAUUCCUGGAGGGGGAGAUGUGGCAGGGUGGAUUUAGAGAAGGGCACAGGCUAAGGAGUUCCCUAGCAGCUGGAAUUGUGCCAUGGGGCUUCUGCUGGGGGCCCCCAGGGGACCCUCAGUGCUUCCCUUGUCCCUUCCUCAGGAGCUGGGCUGCUCCCAGCAGGGAGAUGUCUCCAAGCACAUCCUCUUCUUCUUGAUCCCUUGGUGCUGGGAAGGAAGAGUAGGUCUUUCCCUCUGUGCAGAGGCCUGGCUGUCCCAGCUGCCCUUCAGGGGGUGCUGAGCCCCCUUCCCAGCUGUUUUAUUUUCUUUCAGAUGCUUCUCAGCUUCACGGCAAAGGGUCCAAUGCACAGCAGCGCAAGUUGUGACGCCUGCAAGGAGGGGAGCUCCAGCACCCAUAGGAUAAAACCCAGAGGAACAGGUCAUGGACUUUGGAUACCAGCUGUGUCUUUUGAUUUCUUUUUUUUUUUUUUUUCCUAUUUCUUUUUUUUUAUGACAACUGGAGAAACUGAUCUGCAACAAGGAACUCAUUGGGGCGUCUGCUCAGAGGCUUUCAGAGCUGAGCCCCCACAUGGGGCCAGCUGGAGCCAUGCCCUGAUGAGAGGAGCCUUUUGUAGCACUGUUUAUUGCUGCUGCCCUUCCUGCAUUCCCUGGCACUGGCAGGAGCUGGAACUCGCAGGGAGGCUCGGGUGGUCCUGCAGGAUUCCCACCCACCUGUGUCUGUAGCUGCCAAGUACCUCCAAGUCCAGUUACCUCCUUGGUCUCCCUGUGGAGGGUAUGAAAGGUGCUUCUUUCUUCUGCUUUGGAUUUACAUGGAUAAUUCUAGCACUGCCAGUGCUUUCUUUAAGACAUUUGAGUAACUUUCCAAUUGUACUAUAAAACUGUGCUACACUUAAUUGGAGGAUUUAACAUUUCCUGUGUGGUGAAUCUGAGGAACCACCUGAUGUUCCCCUCUGGAGGAGAAGGAAGACUCUCUAGAGACUAAAGACCUUUUUAGAUGCAGUCAUCGACUUUUAGAAUUGUACUUCUUUUGAGUUUUUGGAUUUUUUUCCCUCCAAAGGGAUGCUUUUUUCCUGCUCAGUUUUAUCCUCAUUGCCAUCGAAUGCAUUGGAUUGAAUGGGACACUUCUUAGCAUGUCACAUGGAUCGGAAGACAUAAUUCCAGUGCCUUGUAUGGUGGAGCAAGAAUGGACUAGUGACACACAUUUCAGCCCUAUUUUGUGUGCUCCUCAACCCUUUUUUAAUCAUUCUGUAUUUAAAAUGUAUUCUGGUUUAUUUAAUAGAGCUUUUUAUGGUUGCACAUCAGAAAAAAAAAAAAAAUAAGCUGCACUGUCUGGACUUCAGCGGUGACCUGGUGACUGAGCACAGUCCCAAAUCCAGCAGGAGCACCAGUUCUCAUCCCAGUAUGUGCAGGCGGGUUCCAGGCCCUCCCCUAAAGCCAUUCUUUCCUAGGGUUGUGAGUUAGGAUCAGUUUGGUGGGCAGAGGGAUUGAGUGAGAUGAACCAAGGUCACGACCUGUCAAAUGAAUUCCAGAGAAAAACAUUGCUCCCCUCAAUGGUACCUGCACCAGGAUCAUGUGCUCUGCACAGCUGCAGGAACAGGGACCAUCUACAGUUGGGGGGGUGUCUUUUGUUGUUAAUUUUUUUAAUUUCAGAGCUAAAUCCUCCCCCUGUGCACCCCCUUUCAGGCUAAGGGCAGGCUGAGGCUCCACCUGAGCUUUCUGAGGUUUGGUUUCCUGCUCUGCCCAGUCUGUCUUCUCUCAGGCCGCCCCAGCCAUGUCCCAGUUGUGCAGGGGUAGUGCUGAUCCAUGUAGAAUUUACUGGUGUUCCAAGGAAAAGCUUGUAGCUUCCUCCUUGAGCUUUGGGGAAGGAUGCUGACCCCAGGAUACCAGCAAAUGUCUGCUUUAGUUUCCUCUGUUUUUUUUUAAGAUCUGAGAAAGACUGUUUUCAAUUUGAGCUGAUACAUAACUGCCCAAGAUCAGUGAGUUGAUUGUAUUUCACAUGAAGGGAUACAGCUCAGAUUUCAAGUCUGUUUACAGAAAAUACCUAGGUUGUAGCAGAAGAGCCAAAGACAGAACUCGUGUGGGUAAACGAAGCACAGCAUUUCUUGGUGGACUCUGAUGUCGUGUGGUUCCUGUUGAAGGCCUCACCCUGAGGGGUGCUUGGCACCUUCCCCUGGGAGCUGAAAGCUUGGGACACCUGGCAGGAUAGGGGCUCUCAGUGGUACUGGUUCUCCUCCCUCUCUGCUUUCACUUGAAUGCUUCUGCUGGGCAGCCCGCGCGCGCGGCCGGAGCAGAAUCCCUCCUCUAGGAAUUUAGCGAAGCCUCUUGCCUCAGGGAAACGUUUAUGUGGUGGAAAUUCUGUGGGAUAUUUUUUCUUUACAUGCUAUGAUGAAUGAGUGAGUGGUGUGGAGCAGCAAGGCAGGCCCACGCAGAGCAGCUGAUGGGGAGCCAGGCUGGCACCUCUGCCUUGGUGAGGCAACUGGCAGCGCUUCCAGGAUGGAAUGGGGAGGGAUAGGCUCCCAUGGCACUUACCUGGGGAUGGCAGUUCCUUUUGGCUGUAAGAGCUGCAGUUUACUAUUCUAUUUUUUUUUAUGUGUGUUGGCACUGUCUUGCUGAAGAUGGUGGGGGUGGUAUGAAAAAUGUUAAUCUUGUACAGAACAACUCAAUAAAUUGUUUCAAACUUUCCAAAA